AUGUCGUCCACCUCUGCGCCCAAGGAUGACAUCGACAUUGGGAUGCCGCUGAUUAACACUCCGGACUCUCCCAUAAUACAGAGAGUACAGCGAGGGUUAUCUGAGCCACGCAGCCUCCCAUCAGCCUCUUCACAACAUACCCCGGCUACUGACUUGCCCCCAGUAAAAUGCACUUGGUGUGGGCUAGAGUUCCCAUCGGGGACCUCUGAAUCAGAAGCAACCACUGGUAAUAACCUCGUCAGUCUCAAACAGCACAUGCGGAAUGACCAUCCGGACAUUGCCAAAGACUUAUUCAACAAUCUAGUUGCCGAAGAGAAUCUCACUCCAUCUCUCGAGUCGGACCAAGGGAGUCGUCUACCGGUUGCCUCUCAGAGUGAAGGCACACCCAAUGUCGAGGAAGAGCUGGAACGCCACUGGACCAUGCAUGAUGUUGGAAAUUUCACAGAAGAUUACGAGGGCAAGCGGGACGAGAUCAAGUCACGCUGGGAGGGUGCUUUUGAUGGGUUCGAGCGGCCGCAGCCCUACGAGUCGGCUUCUACUGCUCCGGGAAAAUUCUUGACCCUCACAGAUCCCAAUAUAUACAUCGAUAUUAUGAAGGACCCCUCAACCCUUUCGACAAAGGAGCUCUAUGCAAUCACCGUCAAUGCAGCUCAUGCACUCAGGGUCUGGCAAGAUGAACACAUGGCUCUUGAAAAGCUGAUAAAGCGAGCUACGCGGUCUUCACUCAAGAAAACCUCCAACCCAAGAGAACUCGAGGACCCGCAGGUCUUCGAGGAUAAAAAAGAAGCAAUGCUAUAUGGUUACAAACAUGACCCGAAAGCUAGCCAGAUUGGGUAUCAGGAUCCUUUCGCUCAGGGUGGCUUCAUCCCUACUGCCGAUCAGAUGCGAAAGAUGAAGUUAAGCGGCACGGAGCCAUGGAAGAUGAACCGCUGGGCUACCGUAAAGGAGAAUGGGGUGGAGUGUGUUCCUAAACUUCGACCACCACCCGUUAUCAAGCCGAAGAAAAGAGCUCCUAACGUGGCAAAGGCUGAAGCCGAAGCCAAAGCUCUUCUCGUACCUAAACGUGUGACCCGCUAUGGAGGCUCGAAGCCUUCAUCUACUGGUGACACAUCUCAAGCUCCAUCCGAACCAGGCAGCCCCCACGGCCCUUCCCGCUCACAAUCUAGACAUGCUACGCCUCAAAGCAGCGUCCCAACACCUGUCCGAAAAUCUACACGGCCCUUAGCUCAGGCCUUAUAUGCUCUCUCAACCAGCGCACCUCGAAGUGCCCCCGUCAAAUCACCCAAGUCACCAAAAUCUCCAGCCCCGACAUCAGCGGGAACGUCAAAGGCCUCCACUCCAUUUUAUCCAGAUCCCCUUCAAGAUCCUAAAAACCAGCUCAAGAUCAAGAACUCCAAACACCCCAAACGCACCGAAGCCAUGAUUCUACACUGGGCCAAAUUCAACCAGGAGGGUAGAACAAGAAACCCCAAACGAACUAAGGCCCAGAUCGAAGCUGCACGGGUAGCUGAAAGAGAGGCCAGUCUUGAUCCGUCGGUUGCUUCAUCAGCAAGCCGGAAGAGAACGGCUGCUAACUCCACAGAGAGAUCCGACAGCCAUCCUCCUUCUAUCAAGAAGAUGAGACGAGAUGCCAACGGCAAGACGGAGCCUGUCACGCCCAUUUCUGAGCAUUGGGAAGGGAGUUCAUUUCAUUACCAUAUGCAUACGGCAUCUCAUCGUUGA